AUCAAAUCAAAUCACACCAUAUGGCAAGUCGUUCAAUUCAUGGCUUCACUAGACGAUGUCUUUCUUCAUUUUUCAAACCCAAAUUCAUCUCUUCCUCUCACAGGCCAAUUCUACACAACCAAAAAACACCCACUUUUCAUUCAGGCAUUUCAUCAAACACAUUGUGGGCAUUAUAUUUUUAUCGACAUUAUGGAUCACCACCAUCAUAUUCAUCAACAGUGCGUUGUGUUAUAUCAGAUGGCAAGCCCAAAUUUGAGAUACAUGAAAUCGACCCACCGAAGAAAUACAAAUGGCUGGCGAAAAAAAGACUCAAGUUGCAGAGAAAGAAAGAGAAGCAAAGGAGAAAAUUUGCUAAUAAAAAAGACCCUCGUCGGCUUACGGUUAAAGGGUCUAAAAGGAAAGGGAAGUUUGCAAAUGCCGAGGAACGGAUUAUGUAUAAGCUCGAAAAGGCAAAAAUUAAGGAAGCUCUACUUAUUGAAAGACUCAAGCGUUAUGAAGUUUCAAGACUCCAGGGACCUAUGGUGAAACCAGUUGAAAUUACGGGCGAAGAAAGAUUCUAUAUGAAAAAGAUGGCCCAGAAAGGGUCCAAUUAUGUACCAGUUGGAAGAAGAGGUAUAUUUGGAGGCGUUAUUCUUAAUAUGCAUAUGCAUUGGAAAAAACACGAGACAGUUAAGGUCUACUGCAAACCUUGUAAACCUGGUCAAAUACAAGAAUAUGCUAAUGAAAUUGCAAGAUUAAGUGGUGGAAUCCCAAUUCAGAUCAUUGGAGAUGACACUAUCAUCUUUUAUCGUGGAAAGGACUAUGUGCAACCACAGGUUAUGAGUCCAAUUGACACAUUGUCCAAGAAAAAGGCACUAGAAAAGUCAAAGUAUGAGCAAUCACUUGAAACUGUAAGGCACUUCAUUGCUAUUUCUGAGAAAGAACUAGAACUAUAUCACAGGCACAUUGCACUUUAUGGUGAUGUUGCUGAUCAAAAUCCCAACACUAUUAUUAGUGGUGGAAAUGAAGACACAAGAGAACCAAAAAAAGUUGUAGCAGUGGGUAACACUGAGGACUGCUUAUCAGAAAAUGAUGACAAGUAUGAUGACGAUGACGACGAAGAUGAUAUGUCCCAAAGUGAUAUGAACUUUACAGAUGACUCGAACUCUGGUUCUGAAUUGGAUUCUUGUAAUGAAGAGACAAAUAUGUGACAAUUAAGAUGCAUGAUAUCAGAUGUUAAAAUAUUGGCUUUUACAUGAAAUAUAAACGUUUUUUUUUUU